AUCAUGAUCGCAGAAUGUACCGGGACCCCCUCAGCAGCGGAGCCGCGCCGUGAUGACUGUCCGCGGGCAGAGCUGCAGCCUAGUGACGCUUGACAUCUCUGCCAUCCAGUAGUUGAUUCCCCCAAGCCGCGCGGUGUGAUUCUGGAGCCUUGGCACACUCUCACCACUCAGAGGCUGCCUCUCCGGCGCGUACUUUGCUCCGACACAUUCCUCCGAGGCUUCUCCUUCCUUCUAUCUGGGGAUUUGAAACUUGAGCGACUUUUACCGUCGCAGGCAGAGAAACAAAAGGUCGGACGGAUAGUGUCAGUGUGGUGAAUGUAGCGGCAGGCAGGCUGGGUGUCUGUCUGCGGGGCGCACAGCGGUGCUGCUGGACCAGCCGAGAACGCACCAAGUCCCGUCCCACAUCCCCGUUUUACCCCCCCGUGUCCCGAACACAGCAAACAUGAUUCUCCUCGGGACUGUGCUCGCUCUUUUCUUCUCAGGUGUGUUGCCAUACUCAGCACCCGUCUUCCCCUUCCCUCCCUCCCCCACUGACUGUGUUGAAGCUCUUCGAGUGUGCUCCGCCGACCCCCGGUGCGAGGCGUUGUACCGGGGCUUAGAGCUGUGUGCGGCUGACGCAGCAGUGACCCCACUGGGGGAGCAGGCAGCAGCCGAGUGUCUGGAGAGACAGGACGCUCUGCUGGCUAAACACCCCACUCUCUUGGCCUGCAAGUGCCAGCGUGGCUUCCGCAAGGAGGAGCAGUGCCUGCGCAUAUAUUGGAGUGUUCGUCUGCUGCCAGGGGAGGAUGAACUAGAAAUAUCUCCCUAUGAUGACACACUAAUGGAUACUCGCAUGGCUUCCUUAGUGGCAGCCUCAUCUUUCAUGCAAUUGGAUGGUGAGAACCAGUGCCUGAAGGCAGCGCAGGACUGCGGCCUGUAUGAGAAGUGUGGCUCUCUGCGAUCAGAGUAUGUCCUGGCCUGUACCAAACGGGUGCCUGGGACCACCCGGUGCAACCAGCACAAAUGUCACCGGGCCCUGCGGCGCUUCCUGGAGCGGGUGCCUGAGGAGUACAGCCUGGGUGUCCUAUUCUGCCCCUGCACUAACACCUUGUGUGGUGAAAGGAGGAGGAAAACUAUUGUGCCCUCCUGCUCCUACCAAGAGAUGGAGGGUCUGCAACCCAACUGCCUCCACCAGCAGAGCUUCUGUCGCCGAGAUGACCUCUGCAGGUCCAGACUGGCUGAUUUCCUUAAUAACUGCCAGCCAUCUCCUCUGACGGCCAGCGGCUGUCUGAAAGACUCAGCAGGCCUGUGCCUCCGAGCCUACGCUGGACUCAUCGGUACCAUCAUGACCCCAAACUACAUCAGUAACAGCUCUGCAGAUGUGUCGCUGUGGUGCAACUGUGAGGGCAGUGGCAACCAGUGGCAGGAUUGUCUGAGACUGCAGCGCAUGUUCACCCACAACACCUGCCUGCGUAACUCUAUCAGUUGGAUGGGGAGCCCCGACUCCCUGCCUGCAGACAUCACCCCCCCUCCUGCUCCCAGACCCUCCCCGCUGGUUCAGGAGGAUGAGCUGCUGAGCAACAACCACCUGCCUGAACACAACAACAUCGUGGUGGAGAGUGAGGAAGAGGAGGAACUGACACAGACAGAGGAGGAGGGCGAUGAAGGUGGCCAGUUUGACGUCAUCCCGCUGUACUCGGAGAGGGCCACCGUUUCCAACCUGGGCUCCUCCGGGACAGGUGGGGCUGCUUCCCUCACCACCAGCCCUCCGAAAGUCAUACUACUGCUCCUUCUGCUUCUGUCUGCCUCCCUCAGCUGGGGGUAGAACAGAGGAUAUAGAGAAGACACACACACACAUACAUGCACACUCACAUAUGAUGGACCUGCCAACACUCCUGGACUGAUCGCUGUAAAAUUCUAGGAGACAGUGAAGAAAUGGACUUCACGUUUGUCAGUAGCAUCCCCUUGAUUCCUCACCUCUGUCCUUGCUUCCUUCCUUUCCUCCUUUGAAAACGGCACUUUGUUCAACAUGGUCUGACUGCCGCUGCAGUGGUGUAUUAAUGUCCUGGGAGCACAAAAGACCUAAGUGUGGUAGGUGUUCACAUGCUGCCAAUGUAUCUGUUUCUGUCGUAGGUCCCGAAAAAACAUGUUAAUUUAAGUGGCUUGCUCGGUUACUGGCACACAAAGGUGUGUUAGUAGCAUGAAAUAUUGGCUUGUCAUACCGAACAGAAAGUAAUUGCAAGCAGCUGAGUCCUAAUUUUAAUCAUCAGUGGUGAAUAUACACUUCUGACAGCAAUGAUACCUCCCAGUUGCCAAAAAGAAACAACCAAGUGUCCACAAACUGGUGCCAAAAUGGCUGCACUCGCUGGCAGUUCAGCACAAUAAAAUACAUUAUAUUUAGAUUAUAAACUAUUCAAAAAAGAGCUGCAUAACUAACUCACAGUUGUCUGGUUUAACUUGUUAAUAAAAAGCUACAAAUAAACCAUGUACCAUAAUAAAAGUAGUAAACUAGGCUACAUUUCCAUCCAUCUAGUGUGCAAACAAUGUAAUUAGAGGGAACCUAUUGGUGCUUCAUUCCCACUGUAUAGUUCAGCUGGACUUGACUUGACUCAGCUUACUUUUGGUACCUGGUCCUUUUCUCUGUUAUGUUUUUCACCAUGGGUAGCAUCCCCUUAGUAUCAGCUGAUCGCCAUAGGAGCAUCAUAUGAAACUGCCAUGUCAUCCUCUUCAACUCGCCAAACCCUUUUGAUUGGCAACACAGGGAUAUCUGCGCUUCGUCAACUGUACAAUGCGGUGUAGGCCUUCGGCAGCUAAUGAUGGUAGCUUGGCUAAAGUGGCAGGUUUGAGUAAGAUGUCCAAUGUGGCACCAUUGAUGAUUCUCUCUGACCAAUCGGUGGUCAGAGAGAAUCAUCAAUGGUGCCACAUUGAUGAUUCUCUCUGACCAAUCGGUGGUCUGCAGUGUUUUAACUCCACCCUUUGGUAUCAUCUGGAACCUCGACUGAGGUGGUACCAAAAAAGUACCAGGUAGUAUCCACAACUUUUGCUAAUGGAAAACCAAAAAAAGGCAAGUCGAGUAGGAUAGAGCCAUGUUGUACCGUACAGUGGAAAUGCAGCAUUAGAAUAAAGUGCAACACACCCCGCUGCUGGGGUUAGGGUUAGGGGGUUAGGGGGUUAGGGUUAGGGGGUUACACACUGGCAGCAGCACGCAGCGGCACCGUCGACGUGUAUUUCCCACCCCAGCCCACUGGGUGGCUGUACCUACACUAGUCGCCAACAGUUGCCAACUGCUAGUAACGGAAGAAGAAGAGGAAAAACUUUGAGGCAACAACAACUCGGAUUUCACGGGUGAGUUUCUUAUCAAAGUCGUCUUAAUAAAAUUUUGAAACAACCAGAGUUGAUACUACGGCGGCCGAGACGUACUUAAAAGGCUUUUCUCGCAGCACCGACAUGAGCGCCGGCCACGCUGGAAAUAGAGCAGCGGGCUGAAGCAGAGCGGCGCGGCGCGUCAGCCUGCGCCAGUGUGGGUUGGUUCAUAGAAUAUAAUGGAGGCAGGCGUUUUGAUGCACGGCAUAUGGCUGCGGUGUGUGUUGCACUUAGUGUGUGAACUCUCCCAGUCAUAACAACUGUCUUUCCUCUUUUUCCCAUUCUGCAUACCACACAAUGCAUUAACUACCUUAUCAUAACAUACUUCUCCAUUCUAAAGAAUUUCAGUGCUAACAAACAUAGCGUGUCAGGCUGCAAGCACGUUACACAACAUAUACAACAUAUUAGUUUAUUUAUUCACCAAUUGAGCUAGGCCUAUUUUAACUGAGGGACUCUUUUGGCUUUCUGUUAUAUUACAACAUAGAAACAGAAAAUCUGAAAACAUUGGUACAUGUUGUGUUGCCAUAGAGAAAACAAAUGUUGCAUGAUAAUGAAUUCAGACAGUCCCUCCAGGAUUUCGCGAGCUGGUUUUGUGAUUGUUGCGGCCUGAAAUGCCUUAUUUCACAGCAGAUAUUCUUAAAAAUUGUGAUGCAUGUUGCAAUAUUUUUAGGUGUUUUUUUUUUGUUUUUUUUCAGUGAAAUUGCGGGAGCAAGUGAAAACUGUAAAAAUAGUAGCCAUGCAGGGACUAUUAAUAUGAGCAUUCAGUGUUUCCCACAGAAUUAGAAUGUAUUGAAGCAGCACUGAAAAACCAUCUCCAUUUGCUACAAUCCUCCUCCUCUCUCUGUCUGUCUCUUUGCCCAGUUAGCACAAGCUAACACAGUAGCAGUGGCUAACAUCCAACACUGAGUCUUAAAUGGUACCAGCAAUCUCCCACCAACAUGGAAAUGGCUCAAUUCUGUCCUUAAAUCAAUUAAUAAACACUGGGUUACAUUAGCUGGGUGAACAGUUAACAGUUUACAGUUAACCCUGUCACUGUAUGUGUGUCUCAAGCAGCAACCCCCGUGGCUGAAAAAUGAAGCCAGUGUGCCAAAAAAACAGGCUUUUGAGGCUGGCUCCAAAACAGAGUAAAUCCUCAUAGAGCCCCAUAUUAGAAUGUCCAGCUUUACAGCAGAAAUAAACAUGUUUACAGCUUGGUACAAAAAAUGGUUUUGGUCUCUAUAGCUGAUUUCAAUAAUCAUGACAACUGUACAGGGGGUCAAUUUUUAUAUGACUCACCUGUUUACAUUUUAUUAAGGGCCAAAGGCAUACAUAUGUCAGGGUGGGGCCACUUGAGUGACUGGCUGUUAGGCGUCUCCACAGUCUAUGAGUCAUGUCCACCCCUCGCUCCUUCACAGCUCCAACCUCUUUUCCAAUGGUCACUUCUGGCUCCAAAAAACCAAGCAGGUGAUGGCUGAAAUGCCAGACUCCAGGCUUCAAAACAGCAGUCCACAAAGCAAUAGGUGCUGUCAUGGUAGCUACGUCCAUUAUUUAUACAGUCUAUGCUCUGUCCCAGGCACAGCAGUAGUCUCAUGAUAAACAGAGAGAAAGGGGAAAGGAAGGUUUUAAAUAGUCAAAUUUGCUGUAAAGUUGCAGUGAUUGGACAAAAUUACAAGGCACAACUGUUGCGAGCACAACAUCGCAACAUCCUGGAGGAACUGAUUAGCUAGUUAAGUUGAUAAGGAAAAGCUGGACAGACGAACAUCUCUUUUAUGAUUGUUUUUGAUUUAAAGCUACUCACAAAUCAACCAAUAGCUACUUUUCAUAGGAAACACAGUCAAAAUAAUUAACAUCCAACAACCCAAAGCCUGCUAAAAAACUAUCAUUAGCAGCUACACAAAGAUGAGUGUGUUCAAACUCCAAUUCCUUUGGUUAUUGGUUAUUUUAAUGUUAUGGAUAUUUUCUAUUUUAAAAACGAGAAAAAAACACACACACAGACACACAGUAUAUUACAUGGUUUUGGAGUCAAAGCAGAUGAUGGGCCAGCAAACAGGACAAACAAAGGAUUUGAGUGUUAGAGCAGACUGAACACCCCACACAUACAGAAAUGCCUGACGGCUGCAGUCGGACCUUGUUCUUUUUGUUUUGUUUAUUUGUUUGUUUUUUGAACUCUUUGAUGGAUGAUGAUUUGUCCCACUGGUUGCGACUCACCUGUCUACGGGUCAUCCUAACAAUGACUGAGGGGGGAAGGGGCAUUGAUAUAUGAUGCAUCAGUCUAACUUUAUCAUAGUGAUGAAUGGAGUGAUCCUCUUCUCCCUGCCGCCGUCCCUAUUCUACAGCCAUGCUGAAUGACAAAUUACACACUUGUCUCUCAUUGUUUAAUGAACAUCAAGUGCCAAGUGUGUGAUGUGUGUGUUUGUGCGCGCGCGCGCGUGUGUGUGCGUGCAGGGAUCAGGCAGAGAGAUUGCAAAGAAAAUUGGGUAAAGCUUUUUGUUAUAAUUUGAGUCUUGCACUUCAGCGUUCCCACCCACGUCAGCAGAGCCACACAUGCUGUACACACUCACACACGCACAUGCAUUUGCACACAUACUGCCUGCCAUGUAUUGAGCCGAUGCAGCUCUUUCUUGCUUUAUUGCUCUAUCCCCAUCCCUAUCUCCCUCCCUGGUGACUCAGGACCGGGACCCGAGCUGCCACAGGCACCGAUAUGAAUAAAGCCGUCAUAAUAAAAACAACACACCAGAAACAAUAUGAGCUCUAAAACGGCAGAACAAAUCAAAUAGCUCCCCAGCAGGCGAAAAACACACGCUUCUUCUGACGCCGACACAGAGACAAAAUGAAGAGAGUUAGAGACGGAGUGGGAGAGAGAGAGAGAGAGAUGUAUGGAGGAGAAAUUAGGGGAAAAAAAUAAGGCCAAGUCCCCGUGUGGUCUUUGUGCGUUUGAUGUUUUACUUGUUUUUAGUUGGGAGGCUAAUAAUCAGUCCCUGACAACAUCUCUUUAUCAUCUGACAGACUCCUGGGGGGAGGAGUGUGUGUGUGAAUGUGUGUGUUGGGGUGUGGGGGGUAUCAGGCAGUGAUAGAAAUAGUGCGCUAUAGCAAGAACAGAAAAGACCCUGGAGCACAAACAUAGCAGAGAGAAUCGCCGGCUCUUGAUUUUCUAUGUCUUAUAAAUCUUUUGCUGACACUAAUUUUUUUUCUCUCCUCUCGUUCCUUUCCUAUUUCUUGGAACGUGUAAAAUCAACUUCCAUCUGCAGGGGCGCCAGUGAUGGUGGAGGGCAUGGAGACAGAGGAGGGAAAAGAUGGGAAAGGGGGAAUGGAAAGACACCAAGACGAAGAGGAAAGAGAGAAAAGGAGAGAACAGAAACGUGAAUGGAGAGCAUGGAGAGAA